GAGUGGGGGCGGGGCCCCCCUCCUGGCGCUGAGACGCUUCCCGGCGCGGCCCUCGGACCUCAAGUCUGCCCUCUAAGCAAGCGCACUGCCAGGUGCUAGCGACUGAAGCAUCUGACCGCGGGCCGGUGGGCCAGGGGCGAUCUCUGGCCAUCUCUUCCAGUUCCCCUGCAGUGCCUGCCAGGAUGCGGGCAGUCGAGACGCCCAGGGGCCAGGACCAGCCCCCCGGCUCUCUGGACCGGCCAAGGGUCCUCCUGCUGACCUACCUGCUGGCCACCCUGGAGUUCUCCUGCCUCUUCAUGCAGUUCUCAGUCAUGCCGUACCUGGCCCGCAGUCUGGGCCUGGACUCCGUGGCCUUCGGCUACCUGCAGACCACCUUCGGGGUGCUCCAGCUGCUGGGCGGGCCCGUGUUCGGCAGGUUCGCAGACCAGCGCGGGGCACGGGCCGCGUUCACACUGUCCUUCUUGGCGGCCUCAACGCUCUACCUGCUCAUGGCGGCUGCCUGCAGCCCGGCCCUGCCCGGUGUGGUCCUGCUUUUCCUCUCCCGUCUGCCCAGCGUGUUCAUGCACGCCAUGCCAGCUGCCCAGAUGGUCAUCACGGACCUGUCCCCGCCCGAGGAUCGGCCCACGGCCCUAGGCCGGCUGGGUCUCUGCUUCGGUGUCGGCCUCAUCCUCGGCUCCCUGCUGGGAGGGACCCUGAGUGGCAUGUGUGGGACCCACUGCCCCAUUCUGGUGGCGCUCACAGCCAACCUCCUGGGAGCCGCCCUGAGUUUCACCUGCCUCCCAGCCAACACCAAGGGACCCACCCCACAAGGCAAGCCCAAGGCCGGCGUGUUUGACCUGAAGGCCAUCACCCGCCUGCUGCUGCUGCCAGGAGUGCUGCCUGUGUUCCUGGUCAAGGUGGCCUCGGGCUUUCCCUCAGGGCUCUUCAUGGUCAUGUUCUCCAUCAUCUCCAUGGACUUCUUCCAGCUGGGGGCAGCGCAGGCCAGCUACCUCAUGUCCUACUUCGGGGUCCUGCAGAUGGUCAUCCAGGGUGUGGUGGUGGGCCGUCUGAGCAGACGCUUCUCUGAGGGCACUCUCCUGCGAGCCAGCGUGCUGAUCUUCACAGCCGUGGGCCUGGGCAUGGUGCUGAUGUCCCACGUGUCCCACUUCUGCCUCCUGGUGCCCGGCUUAGUCUUCAGUCUCUGCGUCCUCAACGUGGUCACCGACAGCAUGCUGACCAAGGCUGUGUCUGCUUCCGACACCGGUGCCAUGCUGGGGCUCUGCGCCUCUGUGCAGCCGCUGACCCGCACCCUGGGGCCCACCCUGGGCGGUCUCCUGUAUCGACGGUUCGGUGUGGCCGUCUUUGGACACGUACAGAUGGCCGUCAACCUCCUGGUCUUCCUGACGCUGUGGGGGCAGCCCGUGGCCCAUAGGAGGGGCAAGUCACAGUGACCCAAGGCGUGGACUGAAAAUAAAUACCCCUCAACCA